CAUAUUAAAUAUAUGUUUCAUGUAAAAUAAAAUUUCUUCAUAGAAAAAUAAUAUUGUGCGAGUAUGUGAAUAAGGAAAAUGAAUUAGAUUAUUUGGCUAUAGUAUUGUUUUUAGGAUAUUGAUUAGUUUGAAACUCUAUAAAAGCAUUCUGAAGUUGUUGUCCUGGUUCAUGAUUCACGAAUGAGUUAUAUAGAGCCGUAGCCAGCUGAGAAGGUCCGGUUACUGGUUACCUGUUACCUGGACAAGUGUGCUGGCAACGGGCUUGUCCUAAAGUAUCGACCGUGACAGUCGUUCCAGUCGAUUCCAGUCACAGCUUUUAGAUCGAUAGUUUUCCGACAAUAUCGAUCGAUAGCUUCCUUUUGACUUCUCCAAUCAUGCAUCCACUAUUAAAAUAUAUAGAAGUGUAAAAAUUGUUAAAAAUGUUAAAAAGUACAAAAAGUAUUACAAUUUAUUCUUUCUGUUACUAGUAUUUCUCUACGAGUUUUGUAAAGGGACAGGCGUCGUUCGGAAGAGUAAUAUUACAGAAAUGUUUCUAUGUUCUUCCGUUCCCGAGUACUAAAGGAUAUGAAUCAAUUAAUGAACGAAUCAUAAUUUUUACCAACUCUGAUAUGAUGUACGUAGUCAAAUUUUUAAUUUAUAUCGGUUACCAGUUCUUACUUACUUUUUCACCUACUAGAUAAUACCAGAUAAUAAUUUGAACUAUUAUCAGUCGACAAUAGAUGCUAAUGGAUGAUAAUUGAUACGACAAUCGAGUCGUUUUAGAUGAAAUGUUACUAAAUAAUAAUAAAACUUUAUGAAUUUGUGUCGAUAAUACUUUUGAUUGAUAUUGUAUGCGUAUUUUGGUAGGUAUGAGGAAUGAUUCAUAUGUUUAUUUCUUCAUUUUUAUCACAAUCACGUUAGUACUGUGGUAGUAGGAUUAGUUUAUAAAUAAUCGGAGUUGGCAAAUUGUCUUUAGCAUUACAUCGUUAAUGAUUCCUAAUAAUAUAACACCGUGGGUGACUUAUUUGCUGUAACUUAUUUUCCUCAACGGCCCGGCAUUCAUACGUGUUUCUUUAUACCGUAAGGUUAAACAUCCAUUUCAAUCAGUUAUUGUUUUAAAUCAUGUCAGCUAUAUGGAUAUUUCAUAACGUUGUCCAAUAUUUCCAAAAUAGUGAGUCUGUCGUAGCAUAUUCUACGGUUUACACAAAGAACUAAAGAUAGUAAUUUGUGUAAUAAAUCUCUACAUAAAGGAGUGGUUUUAGAAUCAGUUUUCAUCGCAUCGAGAUAAAAUGACGAUAUAUAUGUACUUGGUUUCCAAGUGAAGCGAACGUAGGAGAGGUUUAGACAUUUGAAACGAAAAAGUAUCGGUCUACUUUGUUCAAGGGAUUAAGUUAGCCUGAUCGUAGAAAUUUAAACAUUUAAAAGAAUGCACAGGAUUGUUACCCUACUACAGAUAAACGUUCAUUUUCUCGUUGCAGUAGUUAACCAUUACAGAAUGACUUCGAGCGAAGAUGGUGAUUUGAUCGAUCUUGGAAACGAUAGUUGUGUACCACGAGUAUCGAUUCAAGAAUCAUCGCCUGACGAGCAAGAACAUCUUCUCGAUGUAUGCCUACCGAAGUUAGAACAAGCAUUGUCAUUAACCAGGAAGCAAGAACAAGUACAAUGCAUAAAUGACAACGGUGAUGUAUUAGUCACGUUAGGUCACGAUCAAGUGGUGCCGAUUCGUAAAAGAAUCGAUGUCGUUUCAUCCGAUACGAUAAAAAGGGUUCGUGACAUUACCAGGAACUUAGAACCAGUUAUAAGAAAGACUUGUUCCGACAUUAAUGAGGAGCAUCAAGACACGGUUGAUUAUGGAAGUUCAUCGGAUAACAAAGACGGACAUUAUUCCAGUGAAAAGCUCGAAGACGAUACGUUUGAGGCACAGGAGAUCAACGAUGCUUUCAAUUUUCUCACAGAACACGAUGACAACGAUGAUCCAGCUGAAGCGAAAUGUAACCGUUAUGACCAAGUUAUACAUUCACAUGGACUGAUCCUAUUAACCUCUCGUACCAUAAAAAACGAAGAUUUAUUGAAUUACAAUGGUAAAAGUGCUUCACAAGCACUAAACUGCUGGAAAGCAGACACGGAUUUAAAUGAUUCAGCUUUUGAAUUAUGUUCGGGCACCCCUUCUGAAAGUAUUUCGAGGAAACCUAGAUCCGAUCCUGUUGAUUAUGAGCUUGGAGCGAGUAGCAUUGACGUGGUUGAAAAUCAUUCCGAAGAACAAACGUUUGUACGAACAGCUAAAAGAAGAUCAUUUCAGCAUACACAUCGUAAAUCUUGGACGGAAGGAACUACACUCAAAAAUGCAGCACAGGAUACAUUUUCUCGGUUCGAUAGGUCAACUAGUUUAAGAGGAUAUAAUUACGCGUCAUCAACUUCCAAUGGCAUUCAUCGGCAAUCCAGCUUUAUUUCGAGUUGUUCAACGGAGGAAGGAUUGGAAACGAAUGGAGAGGAUCAAGAGGACGGAUGUUCAGAAUGUUCGGAAGUAGAUUGGUCGUGGUUAGAGGAAGUAGAAUGUCCGCGGGCUACGGAGUCGUUAGCACCCGGUGUGGUUGACGCGGUUCAGGAGAACACCGAAGGAGGGAAUGCAUCCCCCACCAGUGAAAACGCAAGACGCAGGCGCGGUCGCGAGCAUCGUGCUACCGAGGCGGGCUGCAGUGUCGCGAUGUCUGUCUCCGGGACAGUAAAGUCCCUAGUGGUCGGUGGUUCGCGAUGGUUAACUUCCGAUCCGCCGUCCGACUGUAACGGCAAUAAUCAAGAUGAAAAUGUACGUUGCAACGCGAGCAACGAAACCAUCGAUCGCGAAACACGUGACAAUCCUACGCUUGUUAAUUCUUGGGUACGGGCUUCGAUGAGACGUUUGCGUCAUUUGAGAUUACCGGAAGAAACUGAACGACAACGAAACAUCGAUUUGAACAGUUGCCACGGAACUGUCGUAUCCGCGCCAAAUUCUUUGCCAGAUAUCGCUUUAAUUGCUCCAGAGAUAUUAGCUGCCCAAACAAACGGUACUUCCGGCACCCUCCUUAGGCCAUCCAGCGCUCCUGUAAGAAACUCGAAUAAUUCAAAUGUAGUGCCAUCGCGGAGAGGCGGAAGACAAUUUAGAGCAAGUCGAUCGCAAAGAACGCGAAGCCGCGACAUUACUUCGAGGCAAAGCAGCGUUUUAUCGUCGACUACGGGCAGUGAUACAACUGCUUCAGGAAUCACGACAUGUUCCAGCUCUUUUGGCGGUGCUUCUACGAGUCCACCUUCUAGCACGGCGACAAGUCCGCAACGCAUCGCUUCCAGACGAAUAUGUGACAGACAGAGAGACGUUGAUAGGGAUGAGGAUAGAGGAGAGGAUGAGGACGAGGAUGCUAAUCCAUUGGGAAAAUGGCCACAUGCUCUUAGUCCAGCCUUGGCGUGUCUUAGUUGCACCCUUGGUCUUUUUAAUAUAAGUAGAUUUUCUAUUCUUAGUGUACAAUUUGGAGCAAGUUUCAUUGUACAGUUCCUGAUUUUAUCUUUGGUAUUGGGUAUUCCACUUUUGACGUUGCACGUGUGUCUCGGUCAAAGAUUGGCGGCUGGAUCCGUGGAUAUGUGGAAGAUUUCACCCCUCUUUCAGGGCGUUGGUAUAGCUCUUCUAAUUGCACAAGCAUUCAUCGGUAUCUACAGUAUCGUUGGUGUGUCCUGGAUGUUCGUCUACUUUAGAGAUUCAUUUAUAACGAAGCAGGAUAAGUACCGAUGGGCAGAACCGUUUUCCUUGUACAGAGAAGAUAAACCUACACAGAAUAAUAGUAAUUUGCAUAAAUUAUAUGAGACAGUACCAGAUUAUUUUAGCGGAGUUGUCUUGCAAAGAAAUCAUUUAAACGAAUCAGAUCCCGGUGUCGUAACGUUAAAGUUUCAAGUGGCUUUCAAUUUAGCUGUUGUAUGGAUGAUCGUGUUCGUAUCAUUAAGCAAAGGUCUGAGAUCUUAUGGCAAAGUAGUAUAUGUUUUUACGUUGGUGCCUGUAUUUGGUACAUUAGUUCUUUGUACGAAAUUACUUGGCCUCACGCCACCAGGCUCUGUACAUCAACUUUUUCCUGCCACUGUGUGGACUGAGUUUUUCAUUAAUGGCAAAUCGUGGGUAGCAGCAUCCAUCGAGGUUUUCCUCACUUGGGGAUUACUUGGUGCAGCUGCUAUGCAGAUAGCUGCUCAUAAUAAGCACAAACAUCUAUUACAACGAGACACGAGUCUAGUGAUCGUGUUAACUCUCGCAGUUCUACUUCUCGCAGCUUUUCUGGCAAAUACUUGCGUGCAAGUUUUGCGACAUCAUGGAUAUAUUUACAUACCUAGCUCAUUUGAAAGAAUAUCGUCGUAUAUGUUUAUGCGACCUGUGAACCAGCCGGCACCACCGGGAUAUAGCAGUACACCAGAAAGAUUUAUGGCACAUGCGUCGUUUAUUGUUGGAGAACGUGUAACUCGCCCCGGUGCGGAUUUUAGUGUUGAAUCUGGUUAUCAAGCCUUGAGAUUUUCGACUGAAUUGGUUCCUGCAACGUUAGCGUUACUAGGCACUGAACAAGUGUCACCAUUCUGGGCAGUUCUUUUCUAUUUUAUUCUUAUCCUAUUUGGAAUAGCUCAACAGCUGGCAAUAUGGCAUUGUGUAAUAACUGGUAUUAUGGCAAUUAAUGCAAAAAUGAUGAAGUUAUGGGAAACUACUAUUACAUUCUUCAGUUGUGCUUGUGCUUAUAUACUAGGCUUACCCAUGGCUACCGAGUUGGGCAUACACGUCGUAUAUUAUCUAGACUACACAAUUGGUGGUACAUGGUGGAUAAUGAUCUUAUACUUGGUGCAAGUUGGUGCUGUAUUCGCAGUGCGCGGACGUCCACAUAGUGGUGAAGCGGUAGUAGCCGAGUUGUUUCCUCCAACUGGUCGAUGUCUCAGACACUGGGCUGGUCCUCUUCUCUCAUUCACGUGGAACGUUAUACUGCCUGUUAUUCUUAUGGUACUUAGCAUUACAGCAUUUAAAAAUGCUGGAUUUCGAGAACUUUAUUCUUACCGACGUACCGCUAGAGAGUACUGGACAGUUUGGGCAAAACAACUCGGAGCUACAAUUCAAUUAGUACCAAUAUUGACGAUACCGGCAGUGGCGAUUAUACAAACAUGUCGAUACUUGAACAACGGUCCACCCGAUAUUUUUGAUAGAAUUCAAUUAUUGUAUCGACCAUCCUUGGAGCCUGAUGACCCACGAGAUGCGCAAACGCAUACUGGAAACGAUAUGAGUACCAGCAUUCACGGCAAUGGUAUCGUACAUACAACGACAGAAGUACCAUUUGAAGAUCCACCGCCAAAAUAUACACCUCCUCCGAGUUACACUACAGCAACGGGAGCGAGAAUAGCAAAGAUGUUGCGGCAAAGUUUUCGAAGAAGUGUACGUCGAAUAGCGAACGUGCUCGGUGAGAGCAGUACUCCGAGACAGAGACCGGCGCUACAACCUCCACCUCCUGAUUACGCCACUGUACUUGUAGAAAUGAAUCAAAGUAGGCAAACCCAAGAUGUAACAAUUCAUAUAACUGAAGCAAGAAACGAAAACAUCAAUUCAAACACAAUUCAAAGUAAUGCUACCGAAAGACAUAGACCUAAUACGAUAGAUAGAUCAACAAGAAUUGGUGUGGUAGAACGCUCGAUAGAAAGAACGCAUUCGACGCUCGAAAGACCUCGUCGACCUUGUAUGACUUCAUCGAGCAGUUCGAAUUUAACUGCGGCCGAUGUGGCUAAUUUACUUCGUAGUAGCAUUAGGAGAGGGACUACGCGAACUCAACAGUCCCUGCGUAGGAGUUUCUGCCACGACGAAUCAACGGUAGCAGCGUCCGUUGAAAAUCUAGUCGAGGCUGCAGCGCCGAUCGGUGAAGAAUCCUUGGUCCUUCCAAAGGACGUGUCUCUAGUCUCUAAUGAACAGGCUAACAGUAAUAGCGACGAUAAAAAGACUGCCGAAGAAACGGAUGAUUCCGUUUCUGUGAUAUAGACUAUAUCUUUCUUUUGAGCAUAUAAGAAGAAUAAUCUGAUGGUUAUUUAAUUUCUGCUGCAUAGUGUUACGGUGAUUUAUUCCUUGUUUAACUUGUAUUCAAUAUUCAUUUUCACAAGCUAUUCUACGAAAGAUAAACAAGUUGCUGAUGAUUUCAUCGAUCAAUGAUCGAAAAAACAAUUUUAUCUCUCAGACUGAAUUCAGUAUUUUCUAAUCUUGUCACACUUGACAAAUAAGUGCAUAAUCUCAUCACUUUAAUUACCGUGACAAUUGUAUAACGCGCAAAUGAAAAUUGGAUAGCUAUAAGCAGUGAAACAUAUAGUAAACUCGUUUUGUUACUUACUACAAUAGACAUCGAUUUUAUAUUGUAUAUGUUGAACUUCAUUGAGGUUCAGUUUGCUUUCAAUCAGUCUAUUUUAGCAUUUUGGCAUUUUCAAUCGAGACUGUGUAACUAAAAUAUUUAUGUAAUAUAUACUACUGUAACAUUUUAGUAGUUUUAUGAUAUUAGUGUACAUACUAUUUUAACGAAUCAUAAAUUCGCUUAUUAAGCAUUUUCUUCAUUAACCAUGAUGGUUGUUUAAUGUUACAAUAAUAUAAUCCGUCCAACAUUCAUCAAAGCCUAUGUAUUAGUUUUUGUGCAAUGGUUAAAAAAUAUAUACGACGUAUUCUUUUAUUUUAAAAUAUUGCAAAAAAAUCGUGGAGAAAACAUGUACUGCAAUUGAAAUUAUUUAUCAGAGAGUAUAUACAUAAAAUGAAUAAUCAUUGAACUAAUUGGAUAAAAAAGAGCGGAGAACUCCAAUAUUAUUUACAUAAUUAUGUAGCAUAUAUAUAUAUGUAUAUAUAUACAUAUAUAUAUGUGUGUGUGUGUGUGUAUUUUACCGUACAAAUAUUCUAAUAUUUCAUACGUGUAAUUGCUAUAUCUGAUAUUAUGGACCAUAAUAAAAUUUUUAUGUUCUUUUUUAAAUUUAUAGUGCUUCUAUGACAUCUAAUUUAAUAAUGAUAAGAUUUAAACAACGUUCAUACUUUAAAUGUUGCAUAAUUGCAGAAAUAGAUAUUAAUAUAAUUGAUCAAAGCAACAAAGUACAAAGCAUUUUAACGAUACUCAUUUUACUUUUUUAAUAACUCUUGUAAAUCGUACAUUAAGUUUUUUAUUAGAUAGCAUUCAAAUAAUAUAGAUUCUACAAUACAUUCGUACUUACACUUAAGCAAACACAAUGUAACUUUGUUACAGAAAGCGGUCUUUGAGUUUUAAACGUAUACAAAACUAAAUAAACUAUAUAUAUUACAA